AUGUCGAAUGUCAAAGACCUGGCACGGAUCUUUGAGGACAAGGACGAGCCUAAGACCCAUGAGGAGAAGGAGAAGGCGAACAAGGUUUCCGAAUUAGCCGCAAGGUUCAACCUUUGGGAGGAGCAAGCGGACAAAGUGGUUCCACCUAGCGUUCGGAAGGCAGUGUCGCCGUCGCCCGUCCGAGGUGGCGAGGAAGUCGCGGUUGAGAAGCAGGCCGAAGCGACUGAGGACGAGGCAGAACUGGGAGAUGAGGAGGAAGCGGAGGAAGAGGAGGAGGAACCCGAAGAGUUGAUUGAGGACGAAGGAGAGGAAGGGGAGGAGGAGGAGGAGGAAGAGGAGGAGGAGGAAGAGUACGAGGAUGAGGAGGAAGAGGAAGAGGAAGAGGAGGAAGAAGAGGAGGAAGAGGAGGAAGAGGCUCUGGUACCCGCUGCGGCUAAUAAGAAGACCGUCACAGCUAGUGUGACUAAACAUGCCAAGGUCGAAAUUGAACGAGCAAGCGGCAACGUUGAAGCGCUCAGAGCUGAGUCCCAGAAGUUCGCCUUGUCCGAACAAGAGAUUCAGACUGCGGCCCAGUGGCUCAAGGUCGAGCAACCCAUUGUAAAACAUUUCGGGUCGGGAGUCGACGCUUACUGCUUUGUUAAGCAGAAUAGCGGAAUGCUUAAACCCGUCAGACUCUUCUUCCACCCCGCCACUGGUCGCCUGUACAUUGUGCGCAACAAACAAGGCGAUAUUCACUCCCUCUUCCUCCAUCUUGGAUUCUUUGCUGAAAUCAACUGCCAACCGGGCGCGAUGGAAUAUCUCAUGCGUAACAGUCAAGAUUCUGCACUUAUCAACACAAUCCAGCAGCUCGACGAGGUUCCUCAUGCCGUGAUUUGGACAAGCGACAAAUUCAGAAAGUCCCGACGCCGCCGACGAUUCCUGAAACGGCUCACCGACCUAAACGCCAAGAGCAAACGCUCACUAGUAUUUAUUUUCUCCAAGAAAGAGGAGCGCGAUGCUCUGUGUCACCUUAUCGAAAGUGCCCUGGAUGUACAUGAGUUUGAACCAAUCAACAUGAAACUGGCUCCUGACUGGUCCCUUUAG